CGUGAGGCUGCUCAGAAGGCAAUUGAAGAAGCCUCUUCAAUUGUUAGAGAAACACCUGUUCCUGUUGAAGAUACUAAAAAGAUUGAUGCUUUAACUGCAGAAGUUGAAAAUUUGAAGACUUUGCUACAAUCUGAAACCCAAAGAGCCGAUGAUUCUGAAAGGAGAUGUGCGGAAGCUUUGCAGUCAAGUGAAGACAAGCGUCAGAAAUUAGAAGAAACCAAUAAAAGAGUUCAUCAACUUCAGGAAUCUUUGAACAGGCUUGAAGAGAAACUUUCCAACUUGGAAUCAGAAAACAAAGUUCUUCGCCAGCAGGCCCUUGCAAUGGCACAAAGUAAUAAGUUGCUAUCCAGCCGCUCAAGGUCAAUUAUGCAGAGGACUGAAAGUACAAAAACCAAUGUCGACCUACAUAGUGCUUCAAUGAAUGCAAGGGAUUCUUCAGAGGCAGAGGGAAGACCUCAGAAAUCGCUUAAUGAGAAGCAACAGGAGUAUCAGGACUUGCUCCUUCGCUGUGUUGCGCAGCAUCUAGGCUUCUCUAAGGGUAGACCAGUUGCUGCCUGCAUCAUAUACAAAUGCCUGAGACAGUGGCAUUCAUUUGAAGCUGAGAGGACAAGUAUUUUUGACAAAAUAAUCCAGACCAUCGGCCAUGCUAUUGAGAAGACUCAGGACAAUAAUGAUGUCUUAGCCUAUUGGCUAUCCAAUGCUUCAACAUUGUUGCUGCUGUUGCAACGCACACUGAAAGCUGGUGGCACUACCGGGGUGACUACUCAACACCGGCGAUCACCAUCAGCAACUCUGUUUGGGAGAAUGACACAGAGUUUCCGGGGAACUCCUCAAGAUGUCAACCUUUCUCUGAUUGAUGGUGAUUUGGCUCGUAGAGUGGAUAUUCUACGCCAGGUUGAAGCAAAAUACCCUGCGUUGCUUUUUAAACAGCAACUUACAGCUUAUGUGGAGAAAAUUUAUGGAAUGAUCCGUGAUAAUUUAAAGAAAGAGAUUUCUCCAGUGCUUGGGUUGUGCAUUCAGGCACCAAGACUAUCCAGAGCAACCUUGCUUAAGGGCACAGCACGCAUGCUUGCUAAUGCUGCUGCUCAGGAGAUUUUAAUUGCUCAUUGGCAAGGCAUUGUGAAGAGCCUAGGAAACUUUUUAAGUAUCUUAAAAGCUAAUCACGUGCCUCCCUUUCUGGUGCGCAAGAUUUUCACGCAAAUUUUUUCUUUCAUCAAUGUGCAACUCUUCAACAGCCUCUUGCUGAGACGAGAAUGUUGCUCGUUUAGUAAUGGAGAAUAUGUGAAGGCUGGGUUGGCUGAGCUGGAGCACUGGUGCUAUAAUGCUACUGAUGAGUAUGCUGGUUCAUCCUGGGACGAGCUUAAGCAUAUAAGACAAGCGAUUGGGUUUCUGGUUAUACAUCAAAAGCCCAAGAAGACGCUCGAUGAAAUAAGUCAUGAUCUAUGCCCUGUGCUUAGCAUUCAACAGCUCUACAGGAUCAGCACAAUGUACUGGGAUGACAAAUAUGGCACGCAUAGUCUUUCCCCAGAUGUUAUAUCCAACAUGAGGGUGUUAAUGACGGAAGACUCCAAUAAUGCUGUAAGCAGUUCUUUCCUGCUGGAUGAUGAUUCAAGCAUUCCAUUCUCUGUUGAUGACCUCUCCAAGUCAAUGGAUCAGAUUGAUGUUUUAGACAUUGAACCACCCUCACUUAUUCGUGAAAAUUCAGGGUUCAGCUUCUUACUGCCGGCCACGUCCUGACCAAAGAUGGUUAAUCGAUCGCAAUCCAAUUCUUUGCUAAGACUUGCAUAAACCCUGACUUGAUUAUUGGCCUAUUAAAUUGGAACCAUUGGCUUUUCCCAUCCUCAAAUGGCUCGUCGCAUGUGUUCUGCACUCUUGGUUUUAUUUCUUUGAAACUUUGUCUCAUCUCUGCAUAUGGCUGGCGUACAUAUUAUUGAUGGUUAAUGCGUUUGAUUUUAGGGCUUCACCGCGCAUUUGUUCCUCUUAGCUAUCUAGCUGCAUUGCGGCUUUUCUGUAUCCAACGUUAAUUCUUCAAAAAUGUUAAUAGAGUCUAUCUAAUGCCAUUAAUAAUAAUAAUGUAAUCAAGCUUCCCGGCGCUUUCACCUUGCGGGAGAAA